GCCGCAGUCAACUGCCCUUGUGAAGUCACUCUCAUCAUUGACCAACAGAUAGACAUCGAAGAAGACUAGAAGACGCGUUAGUCGGCGAUAUAAGAGCGACGCACGCGUUCAAUCAUUAUCACACACGAGUACAAGUCAGACAACAGUGAAAACUGCUACUGAAAGUGUGCGUUUCUGUGGCGGCUGGACGUGCAUGGUGAGCACAUGGAGAGAGUGUGCACGCCGUUUUGCGACGCCGCUUGUCCCGGUGAGCACCAUCCGCUCCUGCAGGCGCUCGUCAAGUGUCCGGAGAAGGAGGUCGGCGUCGAGCAGAGUCCCGAGCUGCAGACACUCGCGCACACUGUGAGACAUUGCGUCGAGAACGGAUGGAAAAAGAGUGAGGAGAUACCCGAGAAGGACGUGAGAUUUCGGUUUCCGACGCUUCAUUGGGCUGCCGUGUUGGGACGGUUGAGCGCCGUCAGUUUUCUCGUCAACGACGGAUUCGAUCCGAAGCUGCAGACGUCGGAGGGUCACACGGCGCUGCAUCGUGUGUGUCUACGGAUGUUCGAGUGCUUUCAGCAUCAGGGAAUCGCACAUCGGGCGAAGACGAAACUGAAGCGAUUAGUCGAGCUGCUCAUCGUCAGUCUCUCCGUGAAGGACAACGAGCGUCUGACGCCGUUGCUACUUGCAUGCGAGAGCUACAUGAUGUCCCAAGGCAUCGUUAUGAACGAAUUUUAUGCAGCACUGAUUUCGAGUAUCGGACAACUCUCAAAGAACCUCCCACAUCACAUCAAAGAUAUCGUUCUGAAUUCGAACAAUUCGAGUGGCAACACGGCGCUCCAUAUUCUCGCUGUUUCCGACAUGUUCGCUCCUUGUCUGUCAACGCUCCUGCUUUCAGGUGCGAACCCGAGCAUUCAAAACGCCCUCAACUUAUUCCCGUUUCAGAUCGCUAACCAGUCGGGCGCCACGCGGAACUCGAAGCAACUGCGUUCGGCGAUUCUGACGCGAGAGAGAGAGCUACACGAUUCGAGUGAGGAAUCAUCGUUGUGUGACUCUCACAGCAACGACAUGUUAGACGAGAAAGGUGGUCUACACACGGUUGUGUUGAAGCAGUCGUCCGGUUUCAAGCCGACGCGGACAGUGCUGGCGCCGAUAGCGUCAGUCGACGCGCCAGCAUCGCAAUCUCGAACCGUGCCGAAGCUGGUGAUUAAAUCAAAGGAAGGCGUGCUUGUUACACAAGAACUGACGCCGUCGUCGAACAGCUCGUUAUCGUCCGAUAUCUUCAACAAUCAUUCGUCACUGGCAGUGACGUCUACCGUAGCUACUAGUCAUGUGAAGAAGGUGCAGCAGCAGCAGCAGCAUAAGGUCAGUGCCAAUCCUCCUCCUCUUAUGACGUACAUGCCGACGGGAAUCGCGUCGGUGUCAUCAGGUGUCGUCGAAGACAACUUGACUUACACCGGUGCCACACGUAGGGACGUUGAGCGGUUGAAGGAAAUGCCGGAGUUGAUGAAACCGGUCGUGAACGUUCACGAGAACAACACGAUCGCUAGUCUACCGUCGACCGCCGUGCUCACCGAACUCAUCGCGAGUCGGAACGGAGAGAGACUCACGAGUUCGAUCGACGAGCCGGCGAUGAACAGGAAACACAUCGAUAGGAACCGGAUGCCGAGCGGCGGGUUUGCGUUACCGGGUAGCAGCUCGGUGGUUAAGUAUCCCCCCUUACAACCGGCGGAUAAACAGUCACACGGUGUACACGAGAAGCAUCAAGUCCAACACACAGAGAACGACGUACUACGACACAUUGUGAGGUUCUCGCCGGGAAACGAGUCCGAGUCUCGACCGAUUCAAACGAGUAACAAAUCGCUAGCUCACGGCGUGUCACACAAACGGAAACACGCUGAUGCCGACGGAUUCGAGCCCGCGGACAAAUCGAGACGAUUUAACGGCACGAGCAACGACCUCGAUGUAACGCAACCCGAGAUGGUGCAAUCGCAUCUACACUCGUUGGAGAAAUACGUUGCAUCGCAAGCGGAAGAGAUGAACAUGUCGAUGCGGCUACUGGAAGCGAGGAAGACGGUCAAUACGACGAGCAGAGAGUUGGUGCCUCCGGUCGUAUCGACGCAAUACGAAACGGUCAAUACGAUCUCGUCGACUCCGAAGGUUGUAUCACUGAGCACGUCGUUUGAAUCGUCCACGCACAGUUUGAGUGAAUCAGAGAGACCGACGAAAGUUGCAAAUCAAAGCGAUUGGCUCCCGGUAACCACACCCACACACACGACCAUCGACAGUACAACAAGUAACGGACUUGACGUGUCACUAUCGUGGGUUCCUCACAAGCACUCGGACGUUGACAACGAAUCAGAGGCUUGUGUUGUUGCCGCUCGGCUGGAGAUCGAACCGUUUGUGAUGAGAGUGAGAGAGAUGAUGAUGACGAGUGUUGACACACGAGAUGUCGUUCACAUGCUAGCAGAUGCGGAGAUCGAUCGUUAUAAGAGAAGAAUGGAGGAAGCCCAGAGAGAGUAUCAAGUAACCGACGACGAAGUCAAUGACUUCGAAGUUCGUCACGGCAUCAAGCUCUCUCUCGUCCGAUCCCUCACAAAGCAAGUCGACACUCUCGGCUCACAAAUCGAGCGUUUCUCCGACCAACACGACGACUGCCUCUACAAGUCUCCACGACUCGAAGACAAACUCUCGAAAGUGAAAGAAGACUUCGCCGAGUGCAAACGAGUGAUGAGAGCUCACGAUCGUUUACAGACCAAUUUCCCUCAUCUUAAGAAAUCAGCAGCCAGGAAGAGAGAACGGUUGAACCGAGUGCCUUCGCAGCUCGUCGCUCAAGUUGACAAAGCGACCAUCACAUCACAAUAUCCAGUGAUUAAUAGUCGGAGACAUAUACGUCGGUUGAUGGCCGACUCGGGCAUGGCAGGGGGGUUAUGCUCGGGCACAGCAGGGGGGUCACCGAUUCAUCAGGCAUCAUAUGGUUGACGGACUUGUUUUGGAGGAUGUAAUAUGGUAUUGUGUUUAAUUAACGAGCUCGAGCAGUCGUUGGACUUUUUACGAUGUAACAAACUGUGAAUAUGUACCCAACAGGAUGGUCGCACGUGGCUUGGCACGUGCUUUGUCUCUGA